AUGAGGAAGCUGUUCGGCUUGAAGAAAAAGGACGACCGGCCCUCGCGCCAUUCCAUGACAGCUGCUCCGCCGUCGACUUACAAUCCUCAGCAAUCUCCUUAUGGUCAAGGCUCGCAUCCCUACACGCCUACGCCGCAAACACCGCAGCAGUAUGCACAAAAUCGGCACUCAUAUACGCCGUCUCAUCAGGCCUACUCACACCAACCCCAGCCCCAAGCCCAACCGCAACCGCCACUCCAACAAGUUCAGGCGCCCCUCCAACCAAAUACCGUCCGGUUAGGAGAGCCGUUCCGCUCCCAAGGUGAUGAGCUCACACAGAGGGGCGAUUAUAAUGGAGCUGUGGUCAUGUACGAUGCAGCCUUGCGUGCGGCACCUAACGACAUCGGCUUGCUUUUAAGCAAAACCACGGCCCUUUCAAUGUCCAACCCACCAAGAUUGGACCUUGCAUUGAAAGAUGCCGAUACCGUAAUCCAGCUAGACCCUCGAUCAUGGCAGGGCUGGCUGGAGAAAGGACGGAUCCUGUCUAGAAUGGGCGACAUGCAGGGCGCCGAAGAGGCUCUGACAAAUGCGGUUGGCUUUGCUCAAGAUUAUGGCAAGAAUGUCGCGCAAAGUGCUUUGGCAGAUGUACGGGCUCGCCGGACCCAGUUCUCUGCAUCAUCCACAACCACCUCUUCCCCGGCGUUUACUUCUUCCAAUAUCAGUUCACCUCCUUCCUUCUCUUCUCCUCCCUUGAUCAACGUAUCAACUCCCGCAGAGGGGUCAACUAGCACUAUUCCACUUCGGCCCGCCCAACAACCGUCGCAAUCAAAUAAGGCACCAAUUUCAACUCCGCCGCCUCAAACCGCCUCUCCGAGGACUGCUACCCAGUCCCCCUUGCCGCCGCAGACCACUACUAACCCAGCAACGACCGCAAAUAACACGACCUCGUCCCAGACUUCAACUCUACAAGCACCUGAUAAUACCAACUCGGCAUGGACCUUUUCGUCUCCUGGUCGUGCCACAACCCCUAGGCCCAAUGCCCAAAAUGAGUCGUCAAGCGCCGCGGGCAAUACUACCGGUCAACCAGCGAGGGCCAACGCUGUCAAUCGCCCUCCAAACACUUCAAAUCUUACCCAAGGAUUCAACGAUUUGAUAGACUGGGCAGAGAAUACCCCGUCGGAAUCCCCUCCCGCCUAUAGCCGGAAUUUGAGAGAUCCCGCACAGCUUCAGAGGCAAAUGGACGACCUGAAUGUCGCGCUUAGGCAGAAGAAUAAGGGUGCCCUGUCUAUUAGCCCGUACACGUUACCGGGAAAUAUCGAUGCCAUCCGACUGCUUUACAUUGGAUUGGUCCAGGCCGAUCUUACCGCGAGGGAGUAUGGGACUCCAACGUUUCUUCAUCCAAGUUACAUUGGCAGUGUUAGCUAUCCAGGCAACACAUUCCUGGAUAUGGACUGUGAAACGUCCGCGUACUAUGAGGGGAAGUAUCCUGCAACCAUUACCAUCAGUGGAUACUCCGAGGAAUAUAGAGCCCAUCAACUCUUGCAGCAACCCGUGCUUAAAAUUAGCCUCGAAGCCGACAAUGUUUUCCCCGAGGUUCCACUGGCCAAGGUUGUAGAACGGCUUCGAAAACUGAGGAGCCAACCCGCACUUGAAGAUGAUGAGGGGCUCAAAGAUUUACUUGCGUUACCACAAGUAGCUCUUCUGCGAUCUGGUUUCAUGGCGGGUGGAACACGUCAAGGUCGGAUCUCAUUCCUUUGCAUGUCGUUGACACGCAGCCUUCACGACGCUUCCACUAGAUUCUUCGACGCUUCUAAAGAACGAUUUUUUUGCAACCAUAUUUUCAACCCGGCCACUACUGGUAUCGGAUUAAAGAACUUCCUCUUCCAAAUGUUGAUGGGUGCAGAGCUUCUUAUCCGUCUUCGAAAAGAGCCUGCUACGACCAGCUACACCGGGAUCGUUACUGAUGCCAUUUCAGCAACCAUUGUUUUGGCCGCCUUGUGGAUGGAAAACGUUGUGAUUCAAGGGCCGAAAGCUGGAGUGAAAGAAGAUGAAGCCAAGGCGUGGUCGUUGUACGCAAGCCAAAACCAGCGUCAAGCCGAAGCUCUCAUCCGAUUUGCUGAGGCAAUGGAAUGGCCGUACAUGGACGAAUUCCGCAGCUUUAUUGAAGGGGCGUAUGAUGAGAUUAUUGCUGCCAAACCCGUUCCCAGCUGGGACAUCUACGACUGGCUCUACGGCCUCGUGUUGCCCGGAAAGAUUUAUAGACACCGAGUCAUGUCGUGCCUUGUUCAUUCCUCACCUACAAUCAAAUCACUUGGCUCCGCGCCAUACUGGGAGAAUGGCAUUAUUGUGAAGGACAAGAGCUACUGGCCAAGGAGGACUGUCUUGGGUAGGGUUUUAGGCGGUAUGAAAGAUGUCAAAAGUGUCUGCGGUUGGAUCGGGCCACUUCCUGCACCCACAGGGGAACUCAGUGGCUGGAUUCGCCUUAAGACACGUAGUGUUUCGGUUCCCGUCCCCGUCAGUACCGGCGCGAAUAACCGGAGUGUCUUCCAAAGCCUGGGUUUCGAAGAGCCUGACGGGAGAACCGAGACUGUCGACACGUUCCUGAAAUCCUUUACCGACCCGGACGAAUGGAUACAGGCGCCGUCUCCUACGCCUGCUCGACAGUACAACGCUCCGCGUCGCGUAAAGUUCUCAAACAUUCAGUUAACUCUCUUACCGAACUCUAGCGCCGCGUCAACCACGAGAACGGAUCUGCCACCGGAAGAGUACCGCGCCUCGAUCGAUUUCGAGGUCGACGGACGAAAAGUUACUUGUACGCUGUAUUCGAACCCUGUUUUUGUCGCCGCACCACCCUGCGUUGGCUCCCAUGUCAUCCACCAGCGCCAGGCAGAGAAGUACAAGAAAAAUCUUAUUAUGGCAGCGGAUCUCAAGAACAAGUAUCCGCCGGCGAAUCAGCUCAUUGUGAUUGACGCUAUGGGCGAGGAUGAAGAGGUUUUGGCGAGGGCUUGGUGUGCGGAGACUGGAAGACACGCGGUGAUCAGGAAGGGUGAUGACUGCUGUUAUUCAUGUGCUGUGUCUGUGGCAACGGAGAGGACCGGGCUGGGUGUUAAUGUCGUGAUUAUGUGUCAGUGA